AUGUCCUCCAAAGCAAAGUCUAGCUCUUCCCAGUAUGCGCCCCUUUCGCUACAUGAUGAUGGCGAGGGGUCCAGCGCAACCCUUGAGAAGCGCUCCUCCUCCUCCGACUACUCUGCCCCCUUGCUGGAAGCCUCGGACAACCUCCCCGCCCUCGCGCCAUCCAAGCCCUCCCAGCUGCCCUGGCUCAUCCUCUACUUCUCGUUCGCCCUAGCACUGCUAUCAGCUGUGAACAUUGCUCUCCUUCCUUCUAUACUAUCAAAGCAUCAAGCCUAUCCAUUCUCUGAUUCUGAACUCGAGGUCCUCCCUUAUGGCGACGCUAGGCUGGGAUUGCACAGGGCAGCGAAAUUCAUCCCCCCUCCCCAGGUUUAUCACCACACUUGGCCGGAUAGAAUUGCACGGGUGAGCCGGAAGUUGAAGAAUGCCACGUGGGGUCAGGGGGUGCAGGUCUAUGUUACUGUCGAGGACUCGACAAUUAUGCGCUUCCCCAUCCCCUCCACCAGCGUCAACACCAGCGCGCUCUCCUGGCGGGCGCCUCCCGAGUUCUCUGCGCGUGCCAAGGACCUCACAACCAAGGGGGAUAUAACGGAAAUUGAAGUCUGGCAGCUUAUCGCACCCUCAGCCUCCUCAGCCACCGUCUCUUCCAGUAUGGACAAGCUCGAUUAUGACACCUUAUCGUAUUCAACCCUUCCCGUGCGCGGAGAGCUGCUCGGCGUGCUAGACCUCACAGCCAAGCCGAACAGCACAACACUGGACAUGUCCACUCAACUCGACGCUGCCUUUAUCGCCCGUGUCUCCCUACAUGACCCCACCCAGUUCAGCAUCCAGCACUCCCAAACCUCUCACCGCCUGGUGCUCCUGCAGCACUGGAAUAUUCCCGCUAACUCCAAGGUGCUGGAACUAGGAUGCGGGCAGGGGGACUGCACGACUGUCCUUGCCAAUGCUGUGGGCGAGCAGGGGAGGGUGGUGGCAGUCGAUCCGGCGGAAUUGAAUUAUGGUGCCCCAUAUACUCUCGGCCAAGCACAGGGUCACAUCUCGCAAGGCCCACUGGGUAGGCGGAUUACUUGGGUCCAACAAUCCCCCCUGGACUACCUCUCCUCCCUCUCCUCUCCAUCCUCCACUUCCUCACCGCCCGCCAGCAACCCUAAGACCUUCGACGCAACAGUGCUCGCCCACUGCCUAUGGUACUUCGCCUCCCCCUCACUCAUCCUUUCCACAUUUUGUGCCCUCAAGCAGCAUAGCAAGCGUCUUCUCCUUGCUGAGUGGUCAUUGGUAGCGACGCACCCCUCUGCUCAGCCUCACGUAUUAGCUGCGCUCACCCAGGCAGCGCUGGAGUGCCGUAAGUCUAAGGGCAGCGUCUCGAACGUCCGCACGGUGCUGGGGCCAAAGCAGCUUACCGAGCUAGCCCUGGCUGCCGGAUGGCAUCUGGAGAGUGAGACCCACGUACAAGGUAGUGAGGGUUUGUUGGAUGGACAAUGGGAAGUCUCUACUUGUCUUUCUUCCUCUUUCGAAAGGGAAGUAGAGGGGCAAGUGAGUGAUGAGAGGGAACGGGCGGUGGUUCUUGCGUUACGGGAUGCGUGUGAGGCAAGCUUGGAGGGUAUCCAGGGGGGUCGGAAAGGAGUUAGGGCCAUGGAUGUUUGGGUUGCUAAUUUUGUCUGA